ACCAGCCCUGCUGGGCGGAAAGAUGGGCUAAGGGGUGGGGGGGUUGGUAGCCGGGCAGACGGCCACGCUCUUUAAACUCCUUUUCUUAGGUCCCACAAUAUGGUGUGUCCCACUAAACUCCUGACGGAAUUUAACGUAAUUAUCGGAUUAAAGCCUUGUAGCUCUGAAGCUGGGAAUAUUUACUACCACACAGACGACAGAGGCGUCUGCGUAUCCUGAUGCACUGCUAGGACCUUGUUGGAUUUGACAGGGUAAAAAAGCGUUUUGCGUUUUUAAGGGGAGAUUCUGUGUUUUGGAGAGGAGCGCAUGACGCGCGAGUGGAGAUGUAAAGUGGAGUUGGAUAGCGCAAACAUUCUGCCCAAACUGCGGUACUGACAAUUCCUGGAAGCUCAGAAGAGGUUCACUGGCCAUUUUGUCCAAAGACGUACAGCUUUUUCUGUUAUGUCUGUCACCUCUCUGCCAGAAUGGAAGCAACUUCUUCUGGAGAAGAAGAGGAGAGAAGAGGAGGAACGCGAGAGGAGAGAAAAGCAGGAAGAAGAGAAGUUGGCCAGCAUGCCUGCUUGGAAAAGAGGGAUCAUCCAGCGGCGGAAGGCAAGGCAGGAGAGUUUAGGAGACAAGGAAAAGGACAUCACCCUUCUGCAUAUGGAUGUCAGAUCUCCUUCUGAUGGCCUGAGUGACACGGACAGCUCUGUUACUGUCAAUCUUGGAAGUGAACCAUCACUCAGUCCAGAUCCAGGCCAGUGGCUGGAUAUGGAGCCCAAACUAAUUAGUCAGGUGUCUGUGGAGACAAUAGUUCCAGUUCAUGAAAACCCAUUUAUUCGGACACAAAGUGUGUGGAAGAAGAGCAAAGAUGCGGAAGCAGGGAACGAUCUGGAAGCAAAGGAAAGGGAAAAACUAAGCCCCAAUGAUGUGGACUUGGGAAGAGGACGGGAUGUAGAGCAGAAGAGGGACAGGUUUAGAGAUAUCACUGAAAAAGAGAAGAGCAGGGACAACGGCCAAGGGAGAGAAAGAGAAAACAAGAGGGAGGGAUGUGAAAAAGAUAGAACCCAAUGGAAAGAGUCGGUUCAGGAUGCAGGCAAAGAGCAGGAAUUUUCCCAACAAAGAAAAGAAACAGAUGAAAAGGAAAUCAGUUCAACACCUGGUCCGUUUUCUCCUCUUGUCCCUUGUCUUCGCACUAUCCGUGCUGACAACAUCAUCAUUAUUGAAGAGGAUCGGAAAAGCAGCGAUGAGAGGAGGGCUAGACGCAGGGAGAUGGAGAGGGAGAGGCCUCUGGAGGACCAGUCGGGAAACAGAGGAAUGAAGAUGGACCUGAGGGAGAUCCUCGCCGGAGGAGGCAGUGUCACCGAGAUCCGAGCGUCUGAAGUUCUGAUCAUAAAGCCGGCGGCUAGCCCCGAAGAAAGAAGUGGAGAUGGGAAGGGGAGAGAUGAUGGAGAGAUGAAGAACAUUGUGGAUUCAAGAAGGGAGAGUACAGGUAGAGAGCUGAGAACAGACAUGUCCUGGCUCAGAGAAAAAGAGAAUGAGAGGCCGUGGGGUCACGCUACAGUCAUUAAUAAAGAGGACAGGAAGGAUAGCCUGGAUGAGAAGGGAGGAAGGGUCAGCCAGCUGCUGAGUAAAUUCGGAGAGCAUCCUAAACCUCCAUCUCGAUCCAAAAGCUCUGAUAACUUCCACCAGGCGGGAAGGAGAAAAUAUUCAGGAGAUCAAGAUGACCGACAGUCUGACGAGAGGAAGGCACAUGAAAAGAACAUGUUACUGAAAAAUAUACCGAAACGCUCCUUUAGCUUCUCAGAUCGAGUCAUUAACGCAGAGGAGAACGGCUUGGGUGAUGAAGGCUGUAAUGAUAGGAUACAUUCAGACAGGACUGUCGCCUCAUGGGUAGAUGUCGCCAGCACGAGGAAGCAAAAUACAACGAAGUUCAAACUUGGGUGUGCGAGACUUUUAGAUAAAGACUGCCUUGCAAAACAUAGAGAUGUUAACUCUGAGGAUGAGAAGGGAGGAACGGUGCAGAGGAAGAAUGAGGCAGAAAUGUGGAGGAAACACAAAAGCGAAUUUACGAAAGUGGAGCUUGUUGACAAGAGGGCGUCAGAGAAAGUUGGGGAUGCAGAUGGCGAUAAGGGCUUCACAGUGGCAUCAGUUAAAAACAUGGAGGGUAUAUCAUUUGCAAGGAGAGUUCAGAUAAAGCAGGAUGGGAAAGCAAGAGCUGAAAGAGAAGUUCAGCAACUGACAGCGGAGAAGGAUUUGGAAAAUCUGACGGAGGAUUCAGAGGGAGUAGGACACACUGAUGCCCAAAUCAGUGAGAAAGCUGAACUUCACAGUAAAGAUGGAAUCGGAAACACGGUCCAGUCGGACGAUAGCGAUGUCGCAGGCUCAUCAACAGAGGUGCUCAGUCAAAGUCAAGGUGCUGAGAGUCAAUCCAGACAGGAUUCAGCCUUUUCAGAGUGCUCCAGUCUGCUCUGUACAGUCGCAGAUAGCACCGCCCACAGAGGGCCAGAGUGGAGUGGUACAGGGCCACAAGGGCCUUACCUCAAACACUCUGUGCUCUCCCCACAAACUGAGAACCUUAUCUGUAAAAUAGAAAAAAUAGGAGACACAACAGUUUAUAUUAAUGAGAGAGUAGGAUGGGCCCACAAGGCUACACAUGGAAUAACCACAGAGGGAAUGCAGGAGGUGCAGCCACAAAGAGAUGGUGCAUCAGAAACUCUGACACACGAAGCAAUUCCAAGAUCUCCGAAAAGGAUAGCACCCUUCGGGAUCGCAACAAGUCCCCUCGAAAUUCAAAUUCCCAGAACUGUGUUUUAUGUUGCCGACGAAAUGGUGGAGAGAAGAAAGGCUGAGGGGGAAGGAGGGCAAGGGGUUGAGAGAAGGGAUAGCUGGAGGAUCGGAAAACCCUUAAGUCGUAUAGAGUCCCUGCGAGAGAAAAUCAGACAGAGGGAACUUCAGAAACUGAGGCAAAAAGAGGAGCAGGAUGGACAAAGGAAUGAGGCCGCAGAGAUCUGUGAUACUCAGAAAGCUGAGGGCAGGUUUGAAGAGAGGAGAAGUGAAAGAGAGACCGACUGGGAAGCCACAGCCUGUGAGCAGAAGAGGCAGGCCGAAGCAGAGUGGGGACAGGAAGAGGCAGCACAGCAGACAUCCAUGGCUGCAUUUGACGUCACACAGGAAGUUGCCGUGUUGAAAACCUGCCCUCAGCAUCCUGUUUCUGUCCCCCACACGCAAGCAGACACAGGAGAGGAAGUGACAAGUGUCGCUGCUGCCUCCAAAGUCAUCUCUGAUAGCUCCCAGAUAUCUGAGGAUGAAGACGACCCCCAAAAACAUGUAGAGGAGCAGCUCAGGCAUCACACGGGCCGAAGCGAGAGCAGAGAAGAGGAAGAAGAGGAAGAACAAAAGGAAGUGUCUGAGGAAAGUGUGAAUGAAUGCUCGUCGUCUGUGGAUUCUGCACAGCCGUUCUCCCCUUCACCACCGCAUCCUAACUCUCUUGCUGCUAUGAGCCGGAUCUACAACCUGGACACUGUGGGGUCCAGAUCGGGCUUGUAUCUGAGGGAAAGGACAGUCGACAUCUCGUCACCCGUGCACCUUGUUAAAGUGAAGCCACUCAUUUCAAACUCGCAGUCGGGGGACAGCAAAGCGCUGACAGGUGACAGCAUCUGCGGGGUUCAGACGAUACAGCGGCAGAUAGAGCAGUUUCAGCUGAAAGAGCAGGAAGUACACAAGGCUUGUUCCUCACCAAAUGCAUCAGUAAAGGACAGAGAUACAAAGGGACAGCAAAGCCCCAAGGGAGUGUGGAAGCAGCGGGUAAAGGAGGAUGAAGAAACCACCGUGCUGGACCCUAAAGUUUCCCCUCAGCGUGUUUGUUCUCCAGUAUCGCAACUUAAGCAAACUAUCACUAUCACACCCUCGUUUCUCAGGAGCCAGUCUCCAGACAGCACCUUGAAACCUUCAUAUUCUGCCCCGACACCGGCCUCCUCCCCGUGCUCACCAUCUCCUUCCCCCUCCCCCAGCGCCUCCCCAUCACCCACCCCAUCGCCAACACUCUUCUCCAUCAGGAGUGCUUCCGGGGGCCAAGUGAAAAGAGGAGCUACCAUCACAAUCACCCCAAAAAAACCCUCUGCAGGAGGACCAACGGGCUUGACGGUGAGACCCAUCGCAGCAGGGUCCCCAAAGGCACCAUCGAAGCAAGCAACGACCCCCACUGUGGCUGAGCCAGUGAAGAAGAAGUACCCAACGGUGGAUGAAAUAGAGGUGAUUGGUGGAUAUCAGAAUCUGGAGAAAUCCUGUCUGGUCAAGAAUAGAGUUUCUCCAAAGAGAGGGAAGGUGUGUUUUGAUGAUGACCAGUUGGAGCAGGUGUGCGAGUACCCGUCUGAGACCUGCAUGCUGACAUUAAGCCCCAUGUCUCCUGAGAUGGGGAUACUGGAGGGGCUGCAGGGGGAGGAGGCAAAGGAAGAGGAAGGUGAAGUGGAAGAAGUAACAGUCAUGGUCAAAAGCACAAGGAGUAUGGGAAUUUCAACAAGUCCACGUUUAAGAGUGGCUGCUGUGCGUCGAGCUAUGAGGACCGCAGUGCACGUCCACCGUGGAGAAGUAGGAGGAGGUCAGGGGUUCGGAGUGUCGAUCUGACGCUGUGCAGACCGCAAAACUUCUCUGGACAUAAAGGCGAAGCUGCCUUUUGUACCACAUGCGACACCUGGUUGCGUUUCUGAUUUGAGAAACAUGAUUUUCAGGAAUAUUCAGUCGACUGCCUGCAGAGCAUGGCUGUCCCGGGUUUCUUUGAGGCAGGAGACGUGUUUCUACUCCUCCGUGCCCCCCCAGCCGGUGCCCCCUCUGGCCCAGACCCUCCAGGGCUACCUGCGGGCCCUGGAGCCCCUGCUGCCCCCGGAGGAGCUGAGCCACACCCGGAGGAUGGCGCAGGAGUUCGGCCGGCCGGGCGGCCUGGGCCAGCAGCUGCAGGAGGGGCUGGAGAGGAGGGCCAGAAUCAGCAGAAACUGGAUUACGGACUGGUGGGUGCAGUGGGCGUACCUGGCGAGCAGACAGCCUCUCCCGGUGCACUCCAACCCGGCCAUCUCUCUGCCCAGGAGAGAUUUUAACGACUGGAGGAGCCAGCUGGUGUUUGCAUCCAAGCUGAUCGCUGCCGUUUUGGACUUCAGGGCCAAACUGCACACCGGGCAGCUGCCGGGCGAGCACAUGCGAGGGAAGCCCCUGUGUAUGGAGCUGUACCCGCUCCUCUUCUCCUCCUGCCGGAUCCCCGGGCCCAAGCACGACUACGUCGCCCAUUACGGCAACUCCCGGCACCCACCCACUCACAUCACAGUGGUCAGGAACUACCAGUUCUUCCAGCUGGAGGUCUACAACAGCGACGGCUCGCGUAUGACCGAGAGUCAGAUCCACGGACAGCUGCUGAGGAUCCGCUCUCAGUCCUGGAAGACCGACAAGGAGCCGAUGGGCAUCCUGACCAGCGAGCACCGGCACACCUGGGGAGAGGCCUACAAUCGCCUGCUCAGAGACAAACUAAACCAGGAGUCAGUGCGGAUGAUCGAAACAGGACUUUUCUCUUUAUGCCUGGAUUCUCCUGUCAUGAGAAUAUCUGAUGAAAAGUACGCCAGCCGUAAGGCGGCGCAGGUGCUGCACGGCGGCGGGACGUUCUCCAACAGCGGGAACCGCUGGUUUGACAAGACGCUGCAGUUUGUGGUGGGCGAGGACGGCUCGUGGGGUCUCCUGUAUGAGCAGGCCACAGCUGAGGGCCCGCCAGUCGCUAACCUGCUGCAUCACAUCCUGGAGUACUGUGAAAAACCAGACCCCAAAAGAGCCCCUCUGGUCCCGCUGCCGAUGCCCAAGAAGCUCUACUUUCACAUCGACAGAGAGAUCAAGUGGGACAUUGAGCAAGCCAAGCAGAACCUGGACAUAUUGAUCAAUGACCUCGACGUCAAUGUGUUCAACUUCAAGCAGUUUGGCAAAGAGCUUCCCAAAAAGCACAACAUGAGUCCAAACUCCUUCAUCCAGGUCGCCCUCCAGCUCGCCUACUACAGGGUUCACCAGGAGGUCUGCCCCUCCUGUGACAUCGCUUCUCAGAGGAUGUUUCGUGGAGGAAGGACCGAGUAUAUCCGCUCGCCCACAAAUCAGACGCUUAAGUUCAUCCUGGCCUUUGACCAGCCGUCCGUGUCGAAUGAAGCAAAACUGGAGCUCCUGAGAGAGGCUGUGGAUGCCUAUUCAACUCUAACAGAAAAGGCACUUAAAGGACACGGUGUUGACCGCCACCUGCUGGGGCUUAAGCUGCAGGCCAUCCAGGAGGGGCUGAGCAUUCCUAAGAUCUUCAUGGACACGGCGUACGGGCUGGCUACGCACUGGAAGCUGCGGACAGGGCAGGUGCCCGCGAACACCGACAGCGUGAUGUGUUUCGGGCCUCUCGUUCCCGACGGUUACGCCGUGUGUUACAACCCUCAGGCCGACCACGUCCACUUUUCUGUCACCGCCUUCAACUGCUGCGAGGACACCAACGCAGAGACGUUAGCUCGCACUCUGAAGGACACCUUGUGUGAUCUACAGGCGCUGCUGCAGCCCACUGUGUAGAUCAGCUGCCACGUUCUUCAUCCUGAGGAAAAAAACUGUUUCUGAGAAGGUUUUGUACCAGAAUAGUUGAUAAAACUGAACGUCGUGGCUCUGUGGUGCUUUUGAUACUUUUUUAAAAAGCUUUUCAUUCGGCAAUGAUCCUUUCUCUUUCUGCAUGAUCGGAUCGAUUAAUGGCUGCUUAAGUGAAUCUACGUAGAAGAGUCUGAAUUUACAGUGAAACUAAAAUGAAAGUUAAAGCCAAGCUGCCACUCAAGCUUUAAUCACUGCAAGCCAAAUGGGAAACUGACUCCACUCUUUUUCCACCUGAAGACAUCACCGGCAGCCUGGUGCCUUUCCACUGACAGCAACGCUUCAUAAUUUACUCAGCCAACGGAGUUCAAUGACACAUUUUGGAUCAUUUUGAUUGUGUUGAUUAGCACAAGUGUUUGAAGUGGCCCAAAGGACAGGGAGCAGGUUGUUAACGGUGAUAGUGUUGAGAAACAACAGGGGGUGUUGUCUCUGAGCUCAGACCACUCCAUCGUCAUGAUGCAUCCUACAUUCAUACGGGUUUGGUCCCACCUGGUAAUUUUUCUGUCAACCUGCAGAACUCAUCAAUAAAGCCUGUAAUCACAUAAUAGACGGUGCAAGGUGGGGACAGGGGCGGGGCUGUUUUCUGCAAACCUGUGAUUGUCUGUGUUUGGUACUUUUACAGAUGUUAGAUUGAAAGUCGUUCUGUUGCUGAUUUACAACAACAACAUAUUUGUGUUGUCAUCUUUUUGCAUCAUCUAAACUCUAUUAAAAGUCACAAGUAUGGGAAACUGGCCUUCCUCACACUACAACUGAAAACAGUUGAUGUUCAUGUUUACAUUUAUUCACCAUUUUUUCCACCAUUUAAAGUGCACUGAUUGUGUCAGACCGUUUUUGCUGAUGUCCAACCAGAUUAGUGUUUAUUUCCA